CACACACACAUACAGUUCAUCUCUUGCCGUGGCAGACAAAUCGGACGAAACCAUCUGUCCUCUUCUUCCUUCCUUCUCACGGCUUCAUAGGGUUCUCCAAAAUCCAAAUCGCUUCAAGAGAAAAACCACCAAAACCGCUCGUAACGCACCAACCGGCCGGCCAGGCUCCCACCGUGUGCCACCACUCCCCCGCCGCGGCUUCUAGAAGCUUCCAGAACCCAACGCCCCUCGGCGGCGGUGUAUGGAAGGUUCGUGAAGGCGGUUUCGGAGAUCUCGGCGGCGGCCAUGGUGGGCCCGUGCUGAGUGCGCGCGCGGGAUCUGGGGGGGCAAGCGCCGAGCUCGAGAUCUCGAUGCAGAUCCGGGAGGGCCCGGCGCGGCGGCCGGCGCCGUCCGCCGCGGGGGCGCUGCGGUCGCCGAUGUCGGCGAUGAUGCUCGCCAUGUUCGCCACCAUGGCUUCCUUCUACGUCGCCGGCCGAUUGUGGCAGGAUGCACAGAACCGGGUUUACCUGAUUAAGGAGCUCGACAGACGAACUGGUCAGGGGCAAUCAGCAAUAUCAGUGGAUGAUACCUUGAAGGUUGUUGCUUGCAGGCAGCAAGGCAAGAGGUUGACAUCACUUGAGAUGGAGCUGGCUGCAGCAAAGCAUGGAGGUUUUGUUGGGAAAUAUAGCUCUGAGACAAAUACAACUCAUUUUAAAAAGAAGCCAUUAAUUUUUAUCGGAAUAAUGACAAGCUUUGGAAGGAAAAACUACCGUGACGCUGUCAGGAAGUCAUGGCUUCCAACAGGUUCAAUGCUGAAGAAACUAGAAGAAGAAAAAGGCAUUAUAGUACGUUUCAUAAUUGGAAGAAGUGCAAAUCAAGGAGAUACUUUUGAUAGGGAGAUUGAUGAUGAAAAUAGGAGUACCAAGGAUUUUUUUAUCUUGGACGAUCAUAUAGAAUCUGAUGAAGAGCUUCCUAUGAAGACAAAAAGUUUCUUUGCCAAUGCUGCAGAGACAUUUGAUGCUGCAUUUUAUGCUAAGGUCAAUGAUGAUAUAUACAUAAAUGUUGAUACUUUGAGUGCAAUGCUUAAAACUCACUUGGACAAGCCUCGUGCCUACAUAGGCUGUAUGAAAUCUGGCGAGGUUUUCUCUGAAUCAACUCAUAAGUGGUAUGAACCAGACUGGUGGAAAUUUGGUGAUGGGAAAUCGUACUUCCAACAUGCUUCUGGUGAAAUGCUUGUCAUAUCAAGGGCCAUAGCUCAGUUCAUUUCUAUAAACAGGUCUGUUCUCCGGACAUAUGCACAUGAUGAUGUUAGUAUAGGAUCGUGGAUGAUUGGGCUUGCUGUGAAGCAUGUAAAUGAAGCAAAACUGUGUUGUUCAUCAUGGCCCUCAGGCGCAAUGUGUUCAGCUCUGUGAUGAACAGCGCUUUGCUGAGGAAGAAUUUUGUGAAAAGUGUGUUAGGCUCAUGAGUGUGCUGGAUGAUACAAACCAUAUACAGAGGAGAUCAAAUCGGCAGUGAGGAAAUUUGUUUUCUUCUGCCAUUUUCUGUGGCGUCCUUGGAGGAAGCUGGCUGUGCCAGUUCAUACCAAAUCAGAUAUCUUCUUUCCAAAGGAAACGUCUUGCAUUUUUUCUUUGCAAGACCACAUUGCUAGAAUCAUGAGUUCUAACAAAACCCAAUCUGCAGAUUGUGUCCAGCGUUUGCUUGUCAUUUGUAGAUGCCCACCCUUACCAUUCUUUUCUGACGGACACAACCUUUGUUGGAGUGACAGAAAUUAAUAGCAAUUCAGGAAAUUAUUUUACUCCAAAGGAAUACAUCCAAGUGUCUUCAGACUCGUUGUCAUAAACCGAUGGCUGUGAAUUUUGAUACAUACAUAAGGAUACUUUUGAAGUCGAGAA